AUGGCCUCCAAGCCCGAGAAGAGAGUGGCCUCCUCCAUCUUCAUCACUCUGGUACCCCCGCGCCGCCAUGCCGCAGUGGCUGAGGAAGUGAGGCCAGUGGCGUGCGAGGCCCGGCAGGGCCGCUCUUGGGAGCCCCCUGUGAAGGCCUCCGGGGCGGGCCCGAGUGGGAGGCCCGGCCCUGUCAGCCCUCCUCAGCUGGCCAACGGAGGGUGCCCUCCGCCUCCUCCGGCCCUGGACGGUGAGGACACUGUGGCCGACCUGGACCUCCCCCUGCCACCGCCGCCACCCCCUCCUGCGUACCUGCCUCCUCCUGAGGAGGAGUCCCCCGCCCCAAUGGGGGCAUCCCUCAUUUCAGACUUAGAACAGCUGCACCUGCCCCCACCCCCACCACAGGUACCUCCCUGCAUCCCCUGGGCUGGGGCUGUGGUGGAGGGAUUCCCGGGUCAGCUCAGGCCCUCAGAAGAGGAGCUGCCCCCUCCUCCGGAAGAGCCGACUAGCCUCCCUGAGAGAGAGGCGUCCACAGACAUCUGUGCUUUCUGCCACAAGACCGUGUCUCCCCGGGAGCUGGCCGUGGAGGCCAUGAAAAGACAGUACCAUGCCCAGUGCUUUACGUGCCGCACCUGCCGCCGCCAGCUGGCCGGCCAGAGCUUCUACCAGAAGGAUGGCCGGCCCCUCUGUGAGGCCUGCUACCAGGACACCCUGGAGAAGUGCGGCAAGUGUGGCGAGGUGGUCCGGGACCACAUCAUCAGGGCACUGGGCCAGGCCUUCCACCCGCCGUGCUUCACCUGUGUGGCCUGCGCCAGGUGCAUCGGGGACGAGAGCUUUGCCCUGGAUGGCCAGAAUGAGGUGUACUGCCUGGAUGACUUCUACAGGAAAUUCGCCCCCAUGUGCAGCAUCUGUGAGAGUCCCAUCAUCCCUCGGGAUGGGAAGGACGCCUUCAAAAUCGAGUGCAUGGGAAGGAACUUCCAUGAAAACUGCUACCGCUGCGAGGACUGCAGUGUCCUCCUGUCUGUGGAACCCACGGACCAAGGCUGCUACCCCCUCAACGACCACCUCUUCUGCAAACCGUGCCACGUGAAACGCAGCGCCGCUAGCUGCUGCUGA